CAAAGGCGAGCCCCUUCUUUGUCCCUCACUGCGGGGUGAGGACCGGCUGGCCCGGUCAGGAUGAGGAGAGUGUAAAGCGCUGGGAUUCCGGGUCCGACCCCUGUCCUGCCUGGCCCACAGACUGCGAGAGGACCCAGGCAACAUGAGGCCACUGCUCGCACUGCUGCUCCUGGGCGUGGCGGCUGGCUCGCCCCCACUGGACGACAACAAGAUUCCCAGCCUGUGCCCCGGGCAUCCGGGCCUUCCUGGCACGCCGGGCCACCAUGGCAGCCAGGGCCUGCCUGGCCGAGACGGCCGCGACGGUCGGGACGGCGCGCCCGGGGUUCCCGGCGAGAAAGGCGAGGGUGGGAGGCCGGGACUCCCGGGGCCCCGAGGGGAGCCGGGGCCUCGAGGAGAGGCAGGGUCCGUGGGGGCCACCGGGCCUGCUGGGGAGUGUUCUGUGCCCCCGCGCUCCGCCUUCAGCGCCAAACGCUCAGAGAGCCGGGUGCCUCCGCAGUCCGAUGCGCCCCUCCCUUUCGACCGUGUGCUGCUAAAUGAACAGGGACAUUACGACGCUACCACUGGCAAGUUCACCUGCCAGGUGCCCGGGGUCUACUACUUUGUGGUCCACGCCACUGUCUACCGAGCCAGUCUGCAGUUUGACCUGGUCAAGAAUGGCCAGUCCAUCGCCUCUUUCUUCCAGUUUUUUGGGGGGUGGCCCAAGCCAACCUCACUUUCCGGGGGCGCCAUGGUGAGGCUGGAGCCAGAGGACCAGGUGUGGGUACAGGUGGGUGUGGGUGAUUAUAUUGGCAUCUAUGCCAGCAUCAAGACAGAUAGUACCUUCACUGGAUUUUUGGUAUAUUCUGACUGGCAUAAUUCCCCUGUCUUUGCCUGAUGGCCACUGGGAAGGGAGCUCCGCUGUCACACCUAAGGGAAGAGGGUGACGCUGACGGUAACCUCACUUCUGUCCAGGAGGGCUGGCCCCCUGGAAUGUUGUGGAAUGAUUGCAGAGGUGAGGUGGGGGAUUCUCCACCCAUCUGUCCCUCUGAACAAGGUCAAAAGCUGACAGAUCAGGCCUGGUGGCACAAGGCAGUGUCUAGAUUUCUGCCCAAGACCCAAGGAGGGCUUGUGCUGGCAGGGGUGGGUCUGCCUGGCUCUGCCCCAGGGUCCUGGGGCAGGGUGCUUGCUCUCUUCCUGCUCCUCUGCUCCUUUCUGCCUCCAUCCCUGUUUCUCAGCCCUUUUUUCAGAGAUCAGUCAAUAAAACCUGAAACCCUC